AUGGGAUCUCCAGCAGAGGGGAUCGACGUUCACCACUUGUUGUUCUCUUACGACCCCACUACUGUCUCUCAGGAGACACAGCAGCCCUUCCGCUACCUUGAGGGACAAAGUGUCUCCUUUGUAAACCUCACGGACACUCGAAAGCAUCAAGCGGAUGCACCUGCAGCUGUCCCUAAACCCCGUCUCUACAGCGUCGCCUCCUCCCCCUUGGCCCCUGAGGAAGGCUUCCCACACUCCUUUGCACUGUGUGUCAAGAGACACCGCUACAGGAGUGCUGAUGGACAAGGAGACUCUUCCAAAGAUGGCCUCUGUUCCUCUCUGCUCUGUUCGUCGCCAAUUGGCACGGAGUUUGAAGUCGGGGGACCUGUGGGGGCUUCGCUGCUGCUGCCGGAGGAUCGGGAGGUCCCCCUUAUCUUUGCAUGCACUGGCACAGGAGUCGCUCCUCUGCGCAGCUUCAUGCGCAGAAUUGCCUUCGAAGGACGCCCUGGCCCCGUAAUCGCUUACGUGGGAGCAGCAACUGCUUCCAGUACGCCGUACGCACGAGAGUGGACAGCGCUGCAGCAGCUGCUGCCCCCUUCGCUGCUCCAGCUCCACUUUGCGCUGUCUCGAGAAGCAAGCGCCCCGGACGGGGGACGGCUGUACGUACAGCACUUGAUGGAGAGGGACGGAGAUAAGCUGCUGCGCCUCCUGCACGACGGGGCCCUCAUGUACAUAUGUGGUCGCAAAGACAUGCUGCCACCAAUCAAAGCCGCCCUACAGGCUGCUGCCGUUCGCAGCAACUUGGAUUUCACCUCCUUCUUUAAGACUCUUAUCGCCUCCAAGCGCUGGAGGGUGGAGGUCUACUAA